AUGGCCAACCAAAAGAUAGGCCGGAUCCUCAUUGACACUAGUAGUUCGUUUGAUCUCAUCAGUCAUAAGUGCUUGGCAAAGUUGAAGUACAAGCCUGGUAGCAUGCACAAGGUAUCUCACCCCUUAGUUGGUUUUGGGGGUGGAAUUGUGCAUCCAGUAGGCCGGAUUGACCUACCCAUCCGGCUAGGGGAGAAUGGAGAAGGAUGCCACAUGGUAGUCCGGUUCUUGGUCGUUGAAGAGCUGACUGCGUAUAAUUUGAUAUUGGGUCGUCCUACUCUGAAUGAAUCCAAGGCUGUUAUCAUUCCAUCCUUUAUGCUCCUUAAAUUUGAGAAGGAUGAUGGGUCUGUUGGCUCCCUAAGCGGAGAUCAGAAGACGGCUAGAGAGUGCUACCUCUCAGAUGUCAAGCCCACGGUGGCCGCAUCCGGCCAAGGUGACGAACCAAUAGACGUUAACGAAGUCAAUGAUGUUGUGCCUGUUCCAACAGCAGCCGGCAAGAAAAAAAAGGCCGACCAGUUGGUGGCCAUCAAAAAAGAAAAGCAACAACAAUCACUGACCGGGGAACGGUCAGAUAAACUCGGUCCCCAGGCGGCUGGUGAACACAAUGAUAUUGCUCUGGACGACACACGUCCAGAACGAACUGUUAAGGUUAGGACGACUGCUUUUGUGAACUUGGGUGCAGACUUGCACAAUUUGUUAAAGGAAUUCAAAGACAUCUUUGCCUUUGAAGUGGAAGAGAUGCCAGGCAUUAGCCCCGAUCUUGCUGUUCAAAAACUUGUUAUGGAUCCCAAAAAGAAGCUGGUUAGGCAAAAGAAAAGAAACCAUGGCGAGGAGAGAAGUCAGGCGGCAGCCGCCGAAGUUAUGCUUAUCAAGAAGCCGAAUGAUACUUGGGGCAUGUGUGUUGAUUACACAGAUUUGAACAAGGCAUGUCCAAAGGAUCGUUAUCCUCUUCCAAAGAUCGACUGUUUGGUCAACUCUACAGCCGGCCAUGCCUUGAUGAACUUCAUGGACGCCUAUUCAGGUUUUCAUCAGAUACCCUUGUGGAAUAAAGAUCAAGAGAAGACGACAUUUGUCACUGAUCAAGGGUUAUUCUGCUCCACCGUGAUGCCGUUUGGUUUGAAAAAUAUGCCUACUACUUUCCAACGAAUGAUUAAUAAAAUCUUCAUCAAUCAAAUUGGGAGGAAUGUAGAGGCGUACAUUAAUGAUAUUUUAGUCAAAUCCAAGCUACAAACAGAUCACCUUACUGACCUCCGAGUAACAUACGCCACACUCAGGCAGCACAAGGUCAUGCUCAAUCCCAAGAAGUGUGUCUUUGGUGUUGGGUCUAGGAAGUUUCUCGAAUUUAUGAUUGAUCAAAGGGGGAUAGUGGCCAACCCAGAAAAAAUACAGGCGGUUAUAGACAUGAAGUCACCCUGCACUGUCAAAGAAGUUCAAAAAUUAACAAGUUGUCUAGCGGCAUUGGGGAGAUUCCUUAGCCGGUUAGGUGACAAGUGCCUCUAUUUCUUCCAAGCAAUAAAAAAGAAGACUAUGUCUGAAUGGGGGGCGGAUGCUGAGACGAUCUUGCUCUUAGUGCUGUUCUCCUUGCUGAAAGAGACGGCACCCAGCUCUCAGUCUAUUUCAUCAGCCAUUCUGCGAAAUGCUAAACUACGGUACCCCAUGGUUGAAAAGUUUGGCCUUGCUCUUUUCAUGGUAGUCAAGAAGUUAAAACCUUACUUCAUGGCACAUCCGGUGGUGGUGUACACAGACCAACCUAUCAAGCGGCCAAUGGCAACCGUAGAAUCAUCCGGCCGAAUGAUCAAAUGGGCUAUUGAAAUUCAAAGCCUUGAAAUCUCUUUUGAACCAAGGAAGGCAGUGAAAGGACAGGCGUUUGCCGACUUCAUUGUCAAAAUGACAAGGCCGACUGAGCCGGAGAACCUUGAUCAGGUUUGGAAAGUAUAUGUGGACGGGAGCUCUACUAUGGACAACUGUGGUGCAGGCGUCAUAUGUCAGUCCCCUGAAGGGAACAAGUACAAAUAUGCACUACGGUUCAAGUUCCGAGCCUCAAAUAAUGAGGCGGAAUAUGAAGCCCUACUAGCCGGCAUCUGCAUAUGUAAGGCAGUUAGGGCAAGAAAGAUUGACGCCUGUCCUGAUUUGCAAUUGAUUGUAAGCCAAUACCAUGGUGACUAUGAGGCCACCCAUCGGGCCAUGAUCAAAUACUUGCAGCUGGUCAAGGAAGAGGCUGGGACACUUGAUGAAUUUCAUCUAAGUCAAGUGCCCAAGUCAAAGAACAAUCAGGCGGAUGCUCUCUCUAAGCUCGCAUCAUCCGCCUCCUAUGAUACACCUAGGUCAGUCUUUAGGAAAGUUAUGAAAAAAAGAAGUAUUGAAGAAGAUCCCAUUGGAGUACUGGACCGAAGCUCAACCUGGAUGGAUGGCAUCCGGGCCUACUUGAAAGAUGGUACUUUGCCGGUUACUUACCCAGAGAUAGUUGCAAUGAAAAAACGUGCGGCUAAUUUUGAAAUCCAUAAUGCAGAACUUUUCAAGAAGGGUUAUUUGCAUCCUUUAUUGAAGUGCGUUACCCCAAAAAGUGGGGAAGAUGUUUUAGAGGACCUGCAUUUGGUUUUUAGUGCCUCUCACGUAGGCGGCAGGACUCUAGCAAAGAGGGCCAGGCGGCAAGGUUACUUUUGGCCUACCCUUGAAGCAGACGCCAUGGAAAUGGUGAAGAAAUGUGAUAAGUGUCAAAGAUUUGGCAAACCCAUACACCGUCCGGCCACUGAUCUGACGGCCAUUCACAGCCCCAGUACCAUUCGCCAAAUGGGGCAUGGACAUUAUCGGUCCGUAUAUGCCUGCUACAGGCGGACGGAGAAGCAGAGGCGAUCAAAGGCAUCAAGACAAAAGAUGUUAUCUUCUUCAUCUAGAAAAAUGUUAUCACCCAAAUUGGGUGGGAGACCAAGGGAUCUCUCAAAUGGCAUUAAAAAGAAAGUUGAAAGAGUUGGCGGUUUAUGGGCGGUUGAGUUGCCGCAUGUCCUAUGGGCCAUCAGAACAACUGAAAAAGGGGCAACUGGUGAAACCCUAUUUCUCAUGGUUUAUGGUGCUGAAGCUGUCUUACCCAUUGAGUACUAUGAGCCGACUCUUCGAGUCAUGCUGGGCAAUGUUGCCUUAGGUCAUGAGAUUUACCGUCUGAGAAUGACAAGAGCCUACAACAAAAGAGUACACAAACGAACCUUGAAAGUAGGGGACUUUGUGUUACGGAAAAUGGAGGCAACCGAUAGGGCCAAUGAGCAGGGAAAGCUGACUCUUAAUUGGUUUCCUAUAUUGCUUCAAAACCCACUACAUUAA